AUGGAUCCGACAGUAAACAACCCAAACAACAAUAACGCCGGUGGCAGCAGGGAAAACGGGAGAUAUAACCUGCGGAAAAGACCCUUACAAAAACCAACUUUCCUCAGAUUUCUCAACGAGCACAACUUCCCGUUUCUCACCAACAAGAUCAAAGAAAUCGACGAUUUACAUCAAGAUUUUAACCUUGAAACCUUUGACAGCGAGGAAACCACCUACUCACCACCUGCUACCCUGUCGGAACCCCGCUCGCCAAACUCACGUGACGUUUCACCCAUUUCACCUCCUAACGAUUUAGAAGUUGAAUAUUUCGGCUUCGAGGUUGUUACCCCGCGCGUUUCACCCAGCAUCGGCAGCUCGUCGCCCGGGAGAGAUACUCCUGACUCAAAAGAAGAACCUCUACAGGGUAAUCCCUCUCAGACUCGGUUGACCACUAAUCUGGAAGAAACUCUACAGGGUAGUUCCUCUCAAACCCAAGCAGCUACUCGACCACCACUUCACAUCAGGUCUCCCAGUAGAAGACCUGCAGUGAAAUCCGCAAAGCAGAUUCGACGAAAGCCGAGAACCAAAGCCCCAACUGAAUCUUCUCCCCGGCACGAUGACUUCCGAAAAGACCACCGGAACCUCCCUAGAUAA